AUGGGCAUUAUAUUAUGUAAGAACAAAGAAGAACAGCACUGCAUUAGAGGGUUUGUUGAUGCUGAUUAUGCGCAUACAGGGGACAUUGAUAAGAGAAAGUCCACUUCAAGCUUUGUUUUUACAUUGUGGGGGAAUGUGAUUAGCUGGAAAUCAAAACUUCAGCAUCUGGUUACACUCUCUUCAACAGAAUUUGAGUAUGUAGCCCUGACAGAAGCAACAAAGGAAGCUAUAUGGCUUAAGGGUUUUGUGAAUGAACUGGAGCUGGAACAGAAAAAUGUGGAGAUCAAAAGUGACAGUCAGAGUGCAAUACAUUUGUCCAAAAACUAA